AUGGGUGUUAAUACCAAGAAAAAUUCAGUUCCCCUAUCACCUUUUGUCAUUAAGCAGUGCAGAAGGAUUGGGUUAUUUCCAGAUGAAAACACAACAGUCUUAUCUCAUGGUGAUGAGCUACAAGUCAUGCAGUUUUGCUUGGCUUGCCAAAAUAAAAAGACCAUCAACAGAUUAGAAGCUGAUACAGAAACUGCUGCAGCAUUAGUAGACAAACUGAGAAAGUCUUCUUGGCAAAAUAUAGAGCAGCUGCUUUUGAAAUCUCAAGGUGAUGAGAACAUCCUGUUAGAUGAACAGAGAACAAGUCUGUUAUUGUCUGACGGUCGCAGUGCUGUAAAAACUGAUCGGGCAUUAGGUGAAGAAACACAUCAAGAUCUUCAGAAUGAUCAGGUGUCUCCAGGAAGGUGUCAGAUUAGUGAAGGUAACAUUGAAGUUCAUAUGGAACCAGACUGCUUAGCUGUGGUAGAUGCUGCUGUUUCUGCUACAUUCCAUGAGUAUAAAAACACCAACAACCACUGGACUAUCCUAGAUGUGUACAGCUCAUUCAUUACAGCUUUGUUAGGCAAGAGAGCUGAUCUGUGUGAGCUUCUUGCUGCCAGUGAAGAUGUGGACAGACUUGAAACUGAUUUGGAAGGCUGCCAUACAAUACAGAUGAAAAUAAUCAGCUUUGUACAGCGUUUCAGACCUAUCAGUUGCAUAGCAGCCAAAUCACAGACUGACAUCUCAGCACAUUUGUCUCAUGAUGAUAAUGUUCAGAUGCCUUCAUGUGAAACAUCCCAUCAGUUACUGGUCUUCUCUCCAAAGACGCCAUCGGGUAAGAUGCCACUGGCCACAGAGCUAAAUAAUGAGAAGUCGCCAAGAGAAAAUGCCAUUACCAGAACUCCACAAACCCCAUUCUCUCCACUGAGUGGAAGGACACUAAAGGAGAUUUUUGUAGAAGAUCUGUUCCGGUCUUACAUGCAUCUGCUAGUGAACUCCCGAAGCCAGCUGGCUUUAGCGCGGAUUUUCAACAUACCUGAACGAGACUUGAACCAUGAGGCAUUCACACACUUAAAACAUGAAGCUUCAGUCUGUGGACUGUCAAUGUAUCAGACCCUGUCGUCCUUCAUGCUACGGAUACAGCUGGGUGGUCAAGGGUAUGCACCGACCAGAGAUAACCCCUUGAUGGAAUAUAUGAAAGGCUUGGGUUCGCUUCUAGAUAUGACUCAGAAGCUGCAGACAGUCAUUGAGGAAGUACCUGAGAUCAGGGUAGCUUGUUGCCGACUAGUAAAAGUGAUCAAAACCAAUCUAAUCCGUUGUAAGAGUGGGAAGUUUCCUAGCAGGCUAGUGGAUCCAGCUGCUGAGAAGAUCUCUAGUAUGUUACUGGCAAUUGUUGAAGAAAUGGAGCUGGCAGACAGUAGUCAGUCUAACCAGGCAAGCAGUCGUAGCAGUUCACUAUUAGGUUCUCAGUGUUUGAGAGUUAUCCAGCAGUUUCUGGACAGAACAGCUCUUGUGGAGUCCCAGCUGGACAUGCUGCUCAUGAGUGAUGUCAGCUUUUCUUCUUCCACACCCACACGAUUUCCAUGUCUGCUCACCCAGUUCAGGUCUCCUACAAUCAUGGAUGCCAAAGAAGAUGACUCAGACAAUGACAAACCCCAGGUGAAACCGACAGUUUCACGAUCUCACAGGAACUUUGUCUCUGCAGCCUUUUAUGUAGACGCUGAGAACAACCCAGAGUUACUGCUAACACAGAGGACCAUGAGUACCAUAGAAGUUCUACCCAGUAAAACCAUUGUUCACCCAAGAGUGGAUGCUGGUGAGCAGACAUCACACCAGACCACAAGCACCAACGUGUCCAAACUUUCAAAUGUGAAGAAUGUCCAGAACAUCAAGAGCAAGGGACAGAAAAGACCUGCUACUUCUGUGCUUGAUAAAGAGAACUUGAUCAUUUCUCCCACCAGUCAUGCACCAGAACCACACAGAAAAGUUAAACCAAAAGAGACCAGCUUGAAUACAAAAGCAUCUCCAAAAAUUAUUCAGCGGUCGUCAAAUCAGGAAAUCACCACACCCAAACAGAAUAAAUCUGUGAAGUCGUGUAGAAGACGACUGCUGUCUCAGAUCAAGGGUCAGGGAAAGAUUACAGGAUUUUUCAGAAUAUAA